AUGUCAUUGCCCGAAAACAUGCUAAGUCAACACGGUAAGGAAAUAAAAAUUAUUGACGGGUAUAAAUUAAGAUUUCAUAAAAUAUUAAAUAAUAAUGUAAUACGAUGGAAUUGUACAAACAAAAAGUGUAAAGCAUAUUUGAAAACCGAUGAAAGUGGAGAUACUGUUAUAGAGAAUAAAUUAGAUCAUAAUGACCAUGAAAAAGACGUACAUGACAUUAUGGUUAGACAAGUUAUUCGUAAUUCAUUAAAAAGAAAAGCACAGGAUGAGAUUUGUGAACGGCCACUUAAAUUAAUACAUCAUGAACUUAAGAAAAUUAACACAGAUACAUUAAAUAAAACUGAUAUGAAUUGCUUUCUCAAAAGUAUAUAUUUGGCAAGACGAUCAAAACUACCAGCAAGACCAUGUAAUAUUCAAAAUGUACAUGAAGUAUUGGAUUCGUUAGAAAUCAAAACUUAUGACGAUGAACAAUUUCUAAUAAACAAUAUUUUUGGGGUGUAA